GACCUACUUUGAAUUAGAACAAAAAGCAGGGAUUUUUGCGCUAUUCAUUUGCAGGACCUCGCUAUAAAAGAGACCCGAUCUACUCGCUCCUGAUCGACGCCGUUGUUAAUUCCAAGAAGAGAAGAAUUCGAAAACCUUCAAGCCGCCAUGGGUCUGCAGGAGGAUUUUGAGGAGUACGCUGAGAAGGUGAAGACCUUGCCGGAGAGCACUAGCAACGAGGACAAGCUUAUCCUCUAUGGACUCUACAAGCAGGCCACCGUUGGAGAUGUGAAUACUUCUCGUCCUGGCAUAUUCGCCCAGAGGGACAGGGCGAAAUGGGAUGCAUGGAAGGCUGUUGAAGGCAAAUCAAAGGAGGAAGCAAUGAGCGACUACAUCACCAAGGUGAAGCAACUCCAGGAGGAGGCUGCUGCUCUCAAGGCUGUGUUUAGGGCCUAUUUAGUUGGUGAAAUGAAUAUUUUUGAGUGUCACAUCGGACGUUUGACCAGAUGUCGAAGGGGUUUUCGGACACAAAUGAAAAAACAAAUUGUAUACUCGCCUGGAACCCGCGAGAUGAAUCUUUUGAAUUUGAUGUGA